CUGGGGCGGCCGUGUGUGUGCUCAGGCCAAUGGGAGGCGGGGUUAGUGCGAGGUUCGGAACUUUCGCUGCGGCUGCAAGCCUGAGAGAGGAAGGAAAGCGGCCCUGAGAAUGUGGAUUAAGAAGUGUAUUGUAUUCGUGACGGGGAACGCCGUGGUGGUGGUGUUGGAUAAUAUCCGAUUCAGACACGUGUUGGGAUUUAACUGAGCUAGACUAGGGAAGCAGGCGCGCCUGUCACACAGAGAGAAACUUUAUGAACAGAUACAAAUAAUUGGAUUUUCUUCGCAUUCAGAUACCAUUUAAUUGAGCUGUAAAGACGUACGUUAUAGUCUUUACAAGUUAAGUGGGCCAAAGCCUUUUACUAUGGACGGUGACAAGAUUGGCAAAGCGGAUCAGGUCAUGCAGAAUCCACAGGCCAUGGCCGCUCUUCAGGAGCGACUUGAAAGUGCAUCACAUACUCCAUCCACCAUCAUGGAUAGUAUACCAAUACAGGUCAAGAGACGAGUUAACGCCUUAAAGCAGCUGCAGGUAAAAUGUGCACACAUAGAAGCCAAAUUUUAUGAGGAAGUCCAUGAACUAGAAAGGAAAUAUGCAGCCAUGUACCAGCCACUGUUUGACAAGAGACGAGAAAUAGUUACCGGUAGUAUUGAGCCUACAGAUGAAGAGUGUGAGUGGCAUAGUGAAGGAGAAGAGGAGGAUGAAUUAGCUGAAGAUAUGAAAAAGAAAGCAACAGUAGAGGAAAAUAAAGAAGAUGCAGUACCAGAGGAAGACCUUAAAGGAAUCCCAGGGUUCUGGAUCACGAUAUUCCGGAACAUAGACAUUCUAAGCGACUUGGUACAUGAGCAUGACGAGCCAAUCCUGAAUCACUUGCAGGACAUCAAAGUUAAGUUUUCUGAUCCUGGACAACCAUUGAGUUUCACGUUAGAGUUCCUCUUUGAGCCCAAUGACUUCUUCAACAAUGCUGUCCUAACAAAAGUCUACAAGAUGAAGUCAGAACCAGAUCAGGCAGACCCUUUCUCUUUUGAAGGGCCUGAAAUUGUUGACUGUGAAGGGUGUUUAAUUGACUGGAAGAAAGGCAAAAACGUGACUGUAAAAACAAUCAAAAAGAAGCAGAAGCACAAGGGCCGUGGCACAAUGAGGACAAUCACGAAACAAGUACCCAGUGACUCUUUCUUCAACUUCUUCAACCCUGUCAAAGUUUCUGGAGAUGGAGAGGCAUUGGAUGAAGAUUCUGAAUUCAGUUUAGCAGAAGAUUUUGAAGUUGGACACUUUUUCCGUGAACGGAUAGUUCCUCGGGCAGUGCUAUAUUUCACUGGAGAAGCCAUAGAAGAUGAUGACGAUAAUUUUGAAGAGGAGGAGGGGGAAGAAGGCGAGGAGGAGGAAGAUGUGGAUGAAGAUGAAGAGUAUGAUCCUAAGAAAGAAGCAACCCAGCCUACUGAAUGCAAACAGCAGUAACACAGAUACCACUGCCAUGAGAUUAGCGGACAACACCAUGUUAACCAAAUGUAUCAAAAUACUCCAGCCUGCAGAUGUGGUUACCUUUUCAAUGUAGCACAAUCUUGACUAAAACAUAAAAAAAUAAUAAUAAUAAUAAUAAAAGGUUUUAAAGCGCAUGAAUUGUUUUUUCCUCUUAACAUUUAACUCUUUUUUUUUUUUUUUUUGGCUUACCUUUGUACAUUGUAAAAUGUAAUCUGAAGCAAAAAUAAAGCGACAUCCUGGUU